AUGAUUAUACCUAUCCAUGGACCAAAUGGAGAAGUGAGUGAAUGGCUAAUGAUUGAGUUACAAGGUGAUGUUUUGAGUAAAACAAAUAGUCCAUUAGCAGGGAAAAAUUUAGGCGAUCUUCAUUUUUCACAAGAGAAUGGCGAUCCAGUUCUCCUUAUUGGUCAUCAUGUACUUUUCGGGAAAGUAGUUGCUCUUGAAAAGCCUAUGCUUGUCACAAAAAGAAACACCACAUCGGGAAGCUUACAGUAUGAUAUCGUUUCUGUUAUUCGGCGUAAAUUAUUGUUUAAAACACGACCUAAACCGAUCAUCUCAUGUGCUUCCAAAAAAGUUUGAAAGAGCUAAUAGUAUUUUACAGAUUGACAUAAAUUAUCAUGUAAAUAUAUC